UUUGGAAUAUUUUGGAUAUUACUCCCUAUCGGUUCUUGAUUCUUGAAUCGUGACCGCUUUCGACUGUCCUUCGCGGGGACUAAUUGCUUUGAGCUACCUGGUAGUGUGGCAGAGUCAGAGAACUUUCAAAAUGGUGAAUCGACGCUUCUCUCGGGUGGCCACCAGCGAUGACGACGAAGACGAUCGUCCCAAGCAGCUGCGCAAGAGGAAGCGCAUGAAGCUUCUCGAGGAGGAGGAAGAAGAAGAAGAAGACGAGGAAGAGGAAGAGGAAGAGGAAGAGGAAGAGGAAGAUGAUUACGACAGCGACGAUGACAACACCUCCCAACAUAGUAAGAGGAAGAAUAAGAAGAAGAAGAAUAAUGAGGGCAGAGGGAAAGACAAGGCCAAGGAAGCAGAAAAGGCGGCGGAGGAGUCACCUCAGGAGGACGCUAAACCCCUCGGCGAUCCCAUUAGGGUUUCCGGAAAGGGAAGAGGUCGGAAGAAGCAUUACCAAUCCUUCGAAUUCGAUGGCAAUCAAUAUACACUCGAGGACCCUGUACUUCUCGUGCCCGAGGAAACAGACCAAAAGCCCUAUGUUGCAAUUAUUAAGGACAUCACACUUACCUGCAAUGGCAGCAUGAUGGUGACAGGGCAGUGGUUUUAUCGUCCCGAAGAAGCAUCACAACAGGAAGGUGGACAUUGGCAAUCACAAGACACAAGGGAGCUGUUUUAUAGUUUUGGUGCAUUUUAUUCCACUGCACAAGCAGCUUCCGAAUCGGAAGGAGCAUCCGGGGUUUAUUGUGCAGAAGGUAUAUGACACUGUUGAAAGAAAACUCUGGAGGCUAACGGACAAGGACUAUGAGGAUGUUAAACAGCAAGAACUUGAUGAGCUAGUACAGAAAACUCUACAACGUAUCGGUAAACUGCUUGACAUCGAGCCUUCAGAAGCAUCUGCUGAUCAGGAAGAUUUGACAAAAAAUAAAAGGAACACAAGGACAAAGAGUACUUCACCUCAUGAUGUUUCCGGGAAGGAUGACGGAAAUCCAAAGGGCGACCAACUUCUGAAGCCUGAAACACUAGGGAAUUGUGUAAACAAUGCCUCAGAGUAUUAUCGUAUAUUAGUGAAGUUUGAUGUGCUAACCGGAAACACUCACCGUGAUAAAUGGUUGGAGAAGUUGCUUGGGCACGUUCAUUACAUGUGUAAAUCUGAUGACAGCAUUAAAAGGGAUGACAAAAGAUUGGAGAAUGUCAAUUCUGAUGAAAUUAACAAUAAAAAUCCAGAAUCAGCAAAUGACCUUCAAGACACGGGCCAGAAGAGUUCCAAGUCUUUUGUCUGGCCAGAUACUGCUGUUACAGCCAUAGUUGCACUUGAAAAAGCUUCAAAUGACGCCUUUUCAUCGGAUUUCCAGAAGUACAAUAAAAAGAUACGGCAAUUAGAUUAUAAUAUCCAUAAUAAUGCACUGCUAGCACGCCGCUUAUUAAAUGGAGAGCUGGAACCGGCAAAAAUAGUAAAUAUGGCACCAAAUGAAUUGAAGGAGGCUAUUACUGCUGAAGAAAAGGCCAAGGAAGAACCUGAUGAAUCACAACUCAUACAGAUGACAGAUGCCCGGUGCCAAAGAUGUAUGGAAUUGAAGGUGGGCUUGAGGGAAAUUAUCCAUGCUGGACACGGUGACAGAUAUCAGCUUGAAUGUGUUGCCUGUGGAAAUUCCUGGUAUGCCUCCCGGGAUGAGGCUUCUUUGCUGACAAUAGAUGCACCAGUUUCAAAGAAAAGUCUAAUGACAGCACCAUCGAGCACUUCUAAAAUUGAAGAUGAAGAGAAGAAGCUGAAAAGCCCCCAUGAGUCUGAAAAGUUAGCCCCUGAAAAAAAGAAAGCAAGUGAAGCUUGUGUACCUGAAUCGGAUGCCCAGAAAUCAUUUGGCAAGUCCGGGAAUGAUGACAAUAUUGAGACAACAAAACAUGUUGAUUAGGAAUAUUUGGUCCUGUCUGUGUAGU